AAUGAACGAAUUAGCAUAAAUUAAUGAAUAUAUCAAGAAGAUUGAAGAAUUAUACAGUGAAUCUUUCUUUGAGAAGAGGAUGAAUGCCUCUGAAUCAGAAGAAAAAAAUAGUAAGAUUAAUCAUUAUUCAAAGAUGAGAUCAAAUUUAUGAUGGAGUAAAUCAAUUAAGACUAAGGUGUUAUUGAAAAUUUGAUUUACAUUUCUCUAUUUUUAAUUGGAACUUUAUAAGCUAAACAGGAUGAUGAAUUAGAAAAUAAUGAUUUUCAAGAAAAGUAAAGAAAAUAACUUAUAAGUUAAUUACAAUAGGAAAGAGAUGAAAUUCAACAGUAUAAAGUAGAAUUUAUUUUUAUUUUUAUAGAACUUAUAUCAUGAAAAAUGUUAGAUUAUAGAUGAAUAAUUAAAUGUGAUUUCAGAUUUGGAAUAAUAAGUAUCUAUAUUAAAGAAUCAAAAUACUGAUUUAGAAAAUUAAAAUUUAAGAAUAUAAAGAAGUCAAUUAGAUAAUGGAAGCAUAACAGAAAUAAUAUAAUUAUAAGAAUAAUAAUUAGUGAAAAAUUAAAAUUAUUAAUAAGAAUUAUAAGCAAUAAAUCAAAAAUUAAAAUCAGAUUUAUAAGCUUAUUAAAUUGAGAACAAUGAUUAUAAAGAUCAAAUAGAAGAAUUAAAUUAAAAUUAUAAAUAAUUGAGAUUUGACCUAUCAUAAUUAAAAUUAUAAAAAUAAUAGUAGGAUAUUUUGAUAUAAUCAUUAGAAUAAGAUCUAAAAAUCUAAAGCGAAAUUGUAAUUGAUUAUGAAAUUUAAAUAGAUCUAUUAAAGGAAUAACUUAGAUCAAUUAAUACUCCUUAAUUGAUUUAAAAUGAAAAAGGUAUUGAAAAAAAAUAAGAGGAUUAAGAUAAUAAUUUAUAAAAUAGUGCCUAUACUACAAAUUUAGAAGCUACAUAAUUUAGCGAUAUUUAACAUUUUAAUUAAUAAUAAACACAACCUAAUCUUAAAUUAUAGCUUCCUUUAUUAUCAUAUAGAUAAUAAUUAUAUAAGUUUCAAAUUCCAGAAGUAUCUGAAAGAUAAGAAUAAUCUGAUUAAACCUAAAAAGGCAACAAAAUUGAAAGUGAUGUUUAUACUGUUGUCUCAACCUUCGAAGUUAAUUAAGUUGAAAAAGAGAAUUUAAGAGAUAAAACUAAAAGUUUUUAAGGAGAUAAUCUUAUUGAAAGUAUUCCUAAUUCAUAAUUUAUUUCAUAAACAGCAAGAUUAGAUUUGAAUAAAACUUAGAUUCCUAAAUUUUAAUUCUCAGAUAUUAAUAAUAGGAUUACAGUAGCAAAAUAAAGAAAAUCUAAAACUAUAGAAUAAGUUGGUGUAUAAUAAUAUUUGCAAUAACUUGGAAAGAGAUCUAAUUCAAAAUUAAUUGAAACUCCAAAAUCAUCCCCAGAUCCAUAUUAAAUCUUUUUUGAACUAGUAAAAUAUUUAAAUUAUUUAAAAUUUAGUUAGUAUAAUGUGUAAAAAUUAAUUCAGAAAAUUUUGAUGAGAUUUAUAGUGUAAAUACAGAUAAUCUUUUUAAAGAAUGUUAAAAGGAAGGUAAACCUUAUUUUGAAUGGUAAGAUUGGAUUCAAAAGAGAUUGAAUAUUGAAUAAAAUUGGAACUUAGGAUGA